UAUGAAGAAACUCUGAAACCCAGAUAUAUGAGCGUGGACCUUUCGGAAGUCGAGCUAGCCGAGUAUGAUGGUCCUGCACACCCUUUCAACAAUUCUCUUCUCUUGGAUUUGAGGCACGAUAUGAUCGAUCAGAAAGAAGGAGAAACAGUCUUCGCAGUGAAAAUACAUUAUGAUAAUAUGAAAAGGGUGAUAAUAAGGAAGCACAAUUACUUCUAUAAAUCAAUUGAAAGAACACCCUUCUCUUUGGGGUUGGCAUUGCCGGAAGGCUACGGCAUGUAUGAGCUACUUGCCGAACAAGAAAUAAAACACUCCAUAAUAAAUGUAACUGAAUACUUCAAAGGCAACAAGUGGAAAAUACAUCCAGAUUGGGUAUACUGUGAAUAUAAUGCAGGAUCCGAAAAAUGGUUCUCCACCCCAGAGGAGCGUGUUCUUCAUUUUCUGACUCGAACUGGUCGACCAGGUUGGAAAUGGAUGUCUUUAAGACCAAAGAGUCGCAGCUCGCAACAUAAACAAGCGAGCAAGCCAGAUAAGGAUUCAUAUUACUGUGACAAAACGUUAGUGCAGUCAUUAGUUUUGGACGCGCUCGUGACGGAUGGAUUUGAUAAGAGAGGUGGUAACGGAAUGCGCAAGGAGGACAAUCAGAAAUCAUUGUAUUUAGGGGCCGUUUAUAGCGGUUCGAAAGCCAGGACGUUUUUCUCCCUGGAACAGCGCAGAAGCUGGUGGCUGUCUAGACCGAAUAAGUCGACCAAUCGAACCUUGAGGCAUCGGGUAUUCUUCUGGGAGCGGGCCUAAGCGUAAUGAGCGUGGUCUGUCCAGCUCGGUUGGACAGACUGUAAUAGUCGGGUAGUCGGGGCUUCAGGCGGUAAGGAUUUUGUGGACGUGGUGCUUUGAGGGGGUGCUCACGUGCGAGAGGAUACGAGCAGCCCCGAAGUGCAAUUGGCCAAUCCAAUGGGAGAUCCUCCAGAUCUUCUCCAGAGACUUGCUGGGAGUGAGUGGAACAUCGAAACCAGCUCUCUGUAAUUCCGGGUCCCUUAUGGGUAAGAGCUCGGCCGUACCAAGAUUCGCGGGGGGAGUUCUGGUGAUUUCGGCUCACGAAAAACUCUCAGAGAAGGUUAGUAACUUUACGAACACUCCAAACGUAUACUUUAUGUGGACGAUUUUUAAAUUUAUCUGAGAUAUCAGCCAAUAGGCAUGUAGUGAAGCAUUUCGACAGUUCAGAGUAAUAUUGAACUUAUCUGUGAAUAGAUGCCAUGUAAUAUAUUGCAUACGUAUGGGUUGAAGACCUAGGUGAUAGUGAUUGGACAUGCGUGCUUUAUCUCCACCAAUAUGUUAUGUCGGCCUCACGAUAAUUCAUGGCCACGAUGUUACGGCCUGACGUGAGUCGGCUGAAACAAAAUUAUUUAAUUUUUGUUUACUAGGGUCGUGCCUCUGUAAAGUGCUAAAUCGUACUUAUCCGUGUUCUUUUGAGUUUAAUUAGUAUAUAACAGCACAUUACAGCUCGAAGCGAUACGAAGGAUCUUCUUAUAUCUACAGGGCAUAUGCAGUAGGAACAGUUAUUCUUGUUAUCUUUAUGUUCACUGAAGAUUCUUUCAAGUUCUUAUCAAGUCCUAUGCGUGAGUGACCGUUUGCGGGAGCAUCAGGAAGAUAGCAUAGGUGUCGUGAUCAAGGAUCAGGCAAAAGGUAUUGCUUUGGUAUUUAUAUAUAACGAUAUUGUAAAGGUAGGCUUCUUGCCACUUUAAGGUGCUAAAGCACGCAUAUUUGCAUUUAUGUUCCUUGGUCAAUAGCUAAGGUGAAGAUGACAAUCAAACGAUAUAUCUAUGGAACUAACAGACUUACUUCUUCUACAUGAGGUGUGCAUGCCAAUGAUAAAUAAAGAAAUUAUUUGGACUUAGAAUUUAAUAGUGAUGGCUUAGGUUUCCAAAUCGUGAAAAUAAAACAUGGCUUAGCAUAGUAUAAUGAAACAAUUAGUUUGAAAUACAAAUUAAAUGAUAUAAUCUGGUGCAAAGGAGAUUAUGUGUAUCUACUAAUGAUGGGAAAAUGAACAAUAGUGUAUGUGUGAUCGUCAGCUUGUUUUGUUCGAUUUACGAAUGUUACAUGUAAAGAUUUAAAUAGUGUGAGUUACUUACCGGAGGGUGAGCAGGGAGAGAGAGAGAAGAGCGGCAAGAGGUGCUCGACGAUAGGGAGGUUGAACUUGUUGAAGGGAGGUUCUUCGCCCAGCCCUAAGGUGGACACUCGCACUAAACGAAUGCUUUAAACGAAAUGCCAAGAAUUGAAUUCUUUUUGCGUGAAUGCCCGGCACUGAGGUGAUGCACUUUCUGCUUGGCCCUAAGUUAAGCUAGGUCAAAAUAGGCCUUAAGGUAUUAGAUUGACAUAACACUGGACUGACGCGGACAAUCGGCUCAAGACUCUGGAAGGGAUAUUCCUUUACCAGAGGAUUGAUUAGUAACUGGCGGCGAUCGCUGUCGAUGUUCGUAAGGAAGACUUUGAAUUUGGAUGAGAUUGGGUGUAUUGCCAGGAAGUUUCAGGAAUUUGGAUACGUGUUUUGGCGUUAUCGGGGUUGUUGCACCAGAUUGCCCAUGCAGGUUAGUGCAUUCAUCGAAUCAUCUUGGAUGUGAGGUUAGUGAGAGGACGGGAAAGGUAGUUGGUAGGAGUCCUGAAUUGGCGGUUCUGCUGUGCCAUAUUAAAAUGCUUUUUAGACACCUCACUUCUGGGUAUUCCGUUCAGCAUUAAUAUCCGUUCCAUUUUCAAUCCUUGUCUGUCGUAAUCUCUCUCUCUUUCCUUCUGCUCAUCCACUUUUAAUGUCUUAGGUGUAGGUGUAACUUCUGGAAAUAUGAGAGAGUGUGAGAUGUCGUGUAUAAUCUAAUGAUUUCCCUUAAUUAUUAUAAUCUAUAAAUUAUAGUAGGUAACGCACGUUCGUCGAGGGUCAGUUACCAUCGUUGUGGUCCUUGACCUUUUGCUCUUUAGAAAAUUGAGUUCAAAUUUUUCACGAAAAAAUUCAAUUAUUUGCAAUUAAAUUGCACUUUGUUAUUAACGUUUUGGAGAUUAUUGAAAUUCAAUCCCUGAAGGGAAAUAUUGAGAAAAUGUGUACAAAACUUCAUUACGAUUGGUUAAUUAGUUUUUGAGUUACCUUGCAUGCCAAUUUUGAAAAUGUAAUUAAAAAAAUAAAAUUAUUUUAUUUCGACAAAUAAAAACUCUGUAAAACGACUAACCGUCUAAUCAGCGAUUCCUGCGCCAUACAAUAACCCUUCCAGCCAGUUGAGUCUCUCUUUGAGCUUUUCGAGAUUCUUUUGAUCAAAAACUACUGUGGGGGUUCUGUCGAGCAAUUUACUUAUUAUCGAAGUCUUCAGCGUGCGACCUACAGUGGCACCCGAUGACUAACAAGGAAGGCACCUUAGAUACCCCUCCGAUUUCGUUCAUUUUGAAAUAUGUUAUUCUCCAUCAAAUGUGUGUUUUUUUAUAGGCGGAAAUCGACCUUUCUCGGAGUUCAGCAUAUUUCCCAUCGAGAUAAAUGGGAUAAAUUGGAAGAUAAUCCUCACGAUGAAUAAUGAAAAUGCAUUUUAGUUGAUCCUGGUGGGAUGAAUGCAUGAAAAUUUAUAGAGGUUGAAAAAUAAGAAAUUUUUAUAACAAAAAAUCAUCGAUUCCAUUUUGAUGAAACUAAUUGCAUUUGAAAAUAUUUAAAAAAAAGUAGGAGAUACAUGUUUUUGCAUUUUUCGAAAAAAUGUCGCUCAAGGGUGAACCAUCCCUAUGCCGGUGCAACCAAUUUCUCAUUAAAGUGGCAUUAGUUUCUUCAAGUUUGUCCCUAACUCUAGU